CUCAUGACUAUAUAAGACUUGUUUUUUUAAGCAGGUACAGUUUUGUGUUUUCAGCAGUUACCAGAACUUAAAAAGGUAAAUAUGCCUAGAUACAGUUUCCAGUGCUUUGAAAUCGGUGCUAAUACUAGCCGAGUCUGCUACGAGUAUAAUACUGGAAUAUGGCCUGAAACAAGACCAGAUUAUUUCUUCUUUAAUAUAGGAAAAACUGAAGUGUACUGCGAAAAUAUUUAUGGCACAUCUUUUGGCUGGAUUGGAGCUAUUACUGGACGCACAUUACUACCUGGAGAAUCAGUGACUCUAUCAAUGUUAGGAAAGUUAUACUUGGUUACUGGACAGAAAGUUUAUAAUCGUGGAGAUCGUCGAGCUCUCGUCCAUAUCGCCAAUUCAAAUGGAUAUUCUUAUUAUUGCCCUAGUGAUGAAAUUCCAAUGAAAAUUGACAUUAACAACGUUGCAAAAAAGUUAGUAGCUUUUGGUGUUGGAAAAAUUCCAUACAUCGGAUCAGAUUUAGCUUUAUUGAUCAAUAUAUUCUGGCCAGAAACUAAGAAGUCAGCUUGGAACGAGGUUAAGGAACAAGUAAUUAAUUUAGUGGACAGUAAAACAAAGGAUGCAAUUCGAGGAAUACUUGGAGGUGAUUUAAGAUAUAUGAAAGAAAGAAUUACAGUUCUAAAAUUGAGACUGGAUGAUCCUAACUCGAAAGACACUAACAGGAACUAUAUUAACAUAGCAGAAGAUUUAAUCGGAUUUGAAAAAAAAUUCAGUUUCGCAAAAGAAGACAACCCUGACUACAUAAACAUUAAUUUCUUUUUAAUCCCAUUAUAUUCUGCCAUUGUAAAUUUGAAACUGUUUUUUUACCAGUUUGGUAUUAAAAAUCAAAGUAAAAUCAAACUCACCAAUGAUGAUAUUUACAAUGUAAAGUCGUAUCUAUCAAGAUUAAUUGAGGAAAAAACUGACGGUGCUAUAGCUUAUAUCAACAAAGUUUUUGAAGAUCAAUUUAAUUAUGAAUAUGACCAUUGUAAUCCUGAUGACAUUUAUAAUGCUUUGGCCGUUGUGUAUCAGUAUUGCGCUAUUGGUGGUACUGAAUUUUUCAAAUUCUGGAGAGAAAUUGUAAAAGAUCCCUUCUCUACUAAAAAACCAUAUAUCUCAGUUAUUUCCUACUCGACACAUUUUUCCAGACCAACGCCUUAUCUAUCCAGACAAAUUGUACCAGAUGAGAUCCAGCCUCCUCUACAACCCAAAUUAGUUGAUGGUAAACGAAACAGAAUUAACAGGCUAGACGUGUGGAUGUAUAGAAAUAACGAAGGAACUCCCAAAAUUAAAGGAAUCAGGAUUUUUUAUGAAAAUGGAGAAAAUAGUCAAUCAGGAGAAUGGGCUGAAAGUAUGAUUACUAUUCACUUUCAAGGAAGUUAUCUAAAAAGUUUAACCGCUUGGGGUAACGAAUCUGUGAAUGGGUUGGAAUUCGAAUUUCUGGAUGGUAGAAAACAAACUUGCGGUACCAAUUAUAAAUUGUCUGAGAAACUUCAAAAAUUUGAAUUGGAAUAUCAUCACAUUGCUGGGAUAUUAAUCACCACUGAUUCAUACUUCUUGGCAGGCCAAGCUUGUAAUAUUGCAGUAUCUUAUCAGCUGACACCUGAAUCAUAA